GUGCGUCCUUCCUUGUCCAGAGUUGUAGUUGUGAGAGCAGGACCAACGUUAGCUUGUAGUUUUAAGCCUCAGCAGGCUACAUUAGCUGGCUAACUGGCUCCUACAGCUGGAUAAUUCAUCGCUGUUAAACUCAUAUCACCUGAGAGCGGCUCACCUUCUGCCGAGAUCAUGGCAGAUUUCUCGCUGUCAGAUGCCUUAGGAGACGACACCCCGAGCUCUGCAAAGAAAAUAGGGAACACUAACCCGACUGCCCCUGCCAGUAACCCCCCACCUCCUGCAAACCCAGGAUGGCCAGGUUCAGCCCCAGGAGCGCCCACCCAGCCCUCUGCUCCGGGUGACUAUUCUGGUGGAUCAUCUGGCCCAGGGGCGCCAGGGCAGUUCCCAUUUCCCUCUGGUCCUGGAGCACCAGGGCAAUACCCCGGACCUCCUUCAGCACCUGGUGGGUUCCCCCCUGGUCCUGGGAUUCCUGGACAAUACCCACCUGCGCCAGGAGCUCCAGGGCAGUUCCCCUCCAGCCCCGGGGCCCCUGGGCAGUUUCCUGGGCAGUACCCCGGGCAGUACCCACCUGAAGGAGCUCCAGGACAGCUACCUGGAGGCCCUGUUUCUUACCCAACUGGACCAUUUCCUUCAGGGCCUGGAGCCCCGCCUGGGCCGUAUCCAAAUAUGCCUUACCCAGGAAGUCAGCCAGGAGGAGGCAAUGGGAUGUACGGACCAGGUGGUCCAGGUGCGUUCCCCCCUCCAGCUGGCCCUGGCUCUUUCCCUGCAUACCCUGUUGGUGGCUUUCCUCCAAUACCCCCUGGGUCAUGGGGAGCACCUGCGGGUGGAGGCUUUCCUCCUGCCCCUGGCCCCUUUGGUCCUGGCCCUGGGCCUAUGGGUCCAUACGGUGGGCCUUCAGCUCCAGGAGGCAUGCUGAUGGUGCCGUAUGAUCUCCCACUUCAUGCUGGGAUUAUGCCACGACUUGUAAUCACAAUAGAUGCGGAGCCUGUUCACGGUGCAGACAGGUUCCAAGUUGACUUUAUCAAAGGCCCAGAUGUCGUCUUUCACUUCAAUCCUCGAUUUCAUGAGCAAACAAUUGUCAGAAACUCCAACCUGGGUGGAUGUUGGGGGCCGGAGGAGCGGGAAGGAGGCUUUCCGUUUGUUCAGGGACGCCGUUUUGAGCUGAAGAUCCUCGUUGAGGAGGACUCGUUUAAAGUGGCGGUGGACGGCACCCACCUGAUGGAGUACGAGCACAGAGUCGGCGGGCUGGAGGAAGUGACCCUGCUGCGAGUGACUGGUGACAUCGUCCUCCACAGUGCAGCGCCGAGCAUGAUCUGAGUCUCAGAGCUGCUAAAGCACGUGCUGUAGAGGAGACCUGGGUCACACUUUACCAUCGUAUUUGAAUCCCUUUCAAAUACCAUGAUGGAGUUUUUGUGGCACAAUAGUCAGCGAGGUGCAAUCUUUACCCACCUGGCACUUGGUCAUUUAUUACAGAGCAGAUGGCAGAUUAACCCAGGUUUGCACACUAUAAUCCUUUCUGUUUUUUUCUGGAUGAUAUCUCUUUCUUUUAUGCCACUCACAAUCCAAUAUAUUUUAUGACAUAACAGUAUCAAAGUAGUGAAUGAGACAAACAGGCGUUUUAUGGAAGUACUAAUUUAUACCUGAUGAAAAGAUUGUAGGCCAAGUGGAACAUAUUUCCAUUAGUAUGCUGUAUUUUGUUUACAGUACGUGUAUGUUUAUUAUUUCAUCCUUAUAUCAAGAUCUUGAUAAGCCUUUGUAAUGCAUGAGAGUGUGAUGCUGAAAUCAACUUCCCCUUCUUAUUCAGUGCUGUCCGACCCCCCCGCCCUCAGGACUCACUGGCCUGUUAACAUACAGUCGGCUAAUGAUGAGGUUUGUUAAACGUAAUGAUACACAGACAGCAUUAAUCCUCCUGAGCUCUCAGACUGGAAGGUUGCGAUACAAAUUAUUGAUUUCAUGUUGAAGUCAAAUCAAGUGAGGCUCACAUUAAAAUGUUGGUAAAGGGGCGAGACGGGGGAUCUUAUUUGUUGCCAAAGAUACCAGUGGUACAUUAUUUUGAGAUUAUAGACUGAUUAUUACAUAAAGGGCAACAAACAAAUGACUGAUGAAACUGUUUGAUUCAGAAUGUUGUACUGUUUUCAUGAGCUGCCUGCCUGUGCACAUAAUAAAUACUAGUUUCCCUGGUCA